AUGUCUAUUCAUUUGUUUAAAGUCAAACGAUAUUUAACUCCUGUUCAUCAAUGUGUUAGAUAUUCAUCAUCAUUAACGAAAUGGCAUCAAGUUUCUAGAUUAUUUAGCAAUUUAUCAAAUUCAACAUCUGCUAUUGCUCAUCGUCUAAAUACAGUUGUACCCAAAGGUUUUGAAAAAUACUUUCCGGGCGGUGGUGAUGGAAACCAACGUCCACCAGCUCCACCAAAAGAACCUGCUCCUGGUGAACGACCACCGGAAGGUGGUCAACCUAAACCACCUACACCAGGCCCAAGUCCUGGUGGUCGUGGUGCACCAACUCCACCCCCAUCAAGUGGUGGUAGUUGGCGUGGUUUAGAAUUUAAAUUUACACCAGGUGAUAAAAAUUCAUUGUUUAACAAUCGUACAGGUCUUGCCAUACUUAUUGGUAGUGGCAUAGCUGCUUAUUUUGCAUAUAAUAAUACAUUAUAUAGAGAAAUAACAUGGAAAGAUUUCGUUUCACAAUAUUUACUUAAAGGAUAUGUAGAUAAACUUGAAGUAGUUAAUAAAAAAUGGGUUCGUGUAAGACUUCUUCCUGGUGCACCUGAUUCAGUUAAUAGUUUAUGGUUUGCUAUUGGAUCAGUUGAUUCAUUUGAACGUAAUCUUGAAAAUGUUCAAACAGAACAUGGUAUUGAUGCUGGAGGUUAUGCACCAGUUUUAUAUAAAACCGAAGCUGAUGCUGGUACAUUAAUGAGUGCUGCAUCAUGGGUAUUACCUAUUAUUUUCUUUGUUUGGUUAUUUCGACGAGCUGGUUCAGCAAUGGGACAAAUGGGUGGAAUGGGAGGAAAAGGAUCUAGUGGAAUAUUUGGAAUAGGAAAUACUACAGCACGAAUUGUUAAAGAGAAUGUUGGUACAUCAUUUAAAGAUGUAGCUGGUUGUGAAGAAGCUAAACUUGAAAUCAUGGAAUUUGUGAACUUCUUAAAAAAUCCACAACAAUAUCUUGAUCUUGGAGCUAAAAUUCCUAAAGGUGCUAUACUUACUGGACCUCCAGGCACAGGCAAGACUCUAUUAGCAAAAGCUACUGCUGGUGAAGCUGGUGUUCCAUUUAUCACUGUAUCCGGUUCGGAAUUUCUUGAAAUGUUUGUUGGUGUUGGUCCAUCUCGAGUUCGUGAUAUGUUUGCAUUAGCACGUAAAAAUUCACCAUGUAUUUUAUUUAUUGAUGAAAUUGACGCUAUUGGACGAAAACGAGGUGGUCAUUCAAUAGGUGGUCAUAGUGAACAAGAAAAUACAUUAAAUCAACUUUUAGUUGAAUUAGAUGGUUUUACACCACAACAAAAUGUUAUUGUUUUAGCAGCAACUAAUAGAAUGGAUAUUUUGGAUUCAGCUUUAUUACGUCCUGGUAGAUUUGAUCGACAAAUAUUUGUUGGUCUACCAGAUAUAAAAGGACGUGCUAGUGUAUUUAAAGUUCAUUUAGGACGUUUAAAAACCUCAUUAGAUAAAAAUCAAUUAUCAAAAAAAUUAUCAGCUCGAACACCAGGAUUUUCAGGCGCUGAUGUAGCUAAUGUUUGUAAUGAAGCAGCACUUAUAGCAGCACGUGAUUUAAAUAAUGAAAUUGAAAUGAAACAUUUUGAAUCUGCUAUUGAUCGUGUUAUUGCUGGUAUGGAGAAAAAAUCUCAAGUUUUACAACCUGAAGAAAAGAAACAAGUUGCAUUUCAUGAAGCUGGUCAUGCUGUAUGUGGCUGGUUUUUAGAACAUGCUGAGCCUAUUAUAAAAGUGUCAAUUAUUCCACGUGGUAAAGCACUUGGUUAUGCACAAUAUAUGCCUAAAGAGCAAUAUUUAUAUACCAAAGAUCAAUUAUUUGAUCGUAUGUGCGUUAUGCUUGGUGGUCGUGUAGCUGAACUCUUAUUUUUUAAUCGUAUAUCAACAGGUGCACAAGAUGAUUUACAAAAAAUUACACAAUCAGCUUAUGCACAAGUUGUUCGUUUUGGUAUGUCAGAAAAAGUUGGUUAUGUUUCAUUUGAUAUGCCACAACAAGGUGAUAUGGUUUUUGAUAAACCAUAUUCCGAAGCAACAGCACAAUUAAUUGAUGAUGAGGUUCGAGCAAUAAUAAAACGUGCUUUUGAUUUUACAGUUGAUUUAUUAACAUCAAAAAAAGAACUUAUUGAAAAGGUAGCAUUACAUUUAUUAGAACGUGAAAUUUUAUCACGUGAUGAUAUGAUUGAAUUAGUUGGAAAACGACCAUUUAAAGAAAAAACUACUUAUGAAGAAUUUGUUGAAGGAACAGGCUCAUUAGAAGAAGAUACAACAUUACCAAAAGGUUUACAAGAUUGGAAUAAAGAUCGACAAAAAGAAAAAGAAGCUAAAGAAAAAGAAGUUAAAGAAAAACAGCAAGCAUCGAACUGA